AUGUCUCACUCUCUUGAGCGUGUGCUCGGUGUGAGGCAGACUUCGAAGGCUGCCACCAGCCUUCCACUAGAGCUUCAGCAACAGGUGAGAGAGCAGCGUAUUCUAUGCAGCGGAGAAGCAGCGCUAACGUCCGCGGGCCUUAGAUCUUUUCAUACCUUGACACGCGAUCAUUCUACGCCGCUCGGAAAGUGUGCCAGUAUUGGCACUUCGCCUCGACCGACGCAGUGCCCUUGGCAAAGCAACUGCAGCGUCUGCCUAUCCUACCUCGUGUCGACGCGGCCACGUCAACCCCGUCCCAGCUUUACGACCUAUUCGACGAGGCGGCACGGACUCUGAUGGUGGGGGUGAAAACAGAGCGUACACACGAUAAGCCAGGGCUCCUGACGAAGGCAUCCAAGUUGGGAUUCCCGAUCAAUCCUCGGGUGACGGCCACGACGAACGGUAACAAGACAGUAACACUCAACGGACGCGUUAUCGGGCUAUUCGAUACAUCGGGGGAUACACCAGUCUGCCUUGCACAACGCCCGUUGAACGAUCUGAAAGAGACGGUCGGCUCCGGUCCAUGGCUCAAUAUCCAGCCCAAUUCAUACAACGAGCUAGCCCUUUCUUCUGACGGGAGCCUUCUCGCCAUAGCACAAGAGCGCACGAUACAGAUCUACAACCUGCUUGACGAGCCUGACAGCUUCACGAUCAGCGAGUAUGUCUCCAGCGCCUCGGGACACUACAUAUGUGGUCUUGACUUCGAACAAGACGACUACGUCCUGAGAGUUCGUUUGAGUGGCAAGGGUGCCGUCGUCUAUCUUGGUACCCCUCAAGGUGUGGAAGAGGCAGGAACAAAAGCAACCAUGCAACACUGGAAGAGCAGGGCAGGACUCAAACAUACCUUUGUCGACUCCUCGUUGCUCGCCGUCUCCUCAUCCUCGCGCAAUCCAGACGACCAUGCUCCUCGGAUUUCUGGACUUCAACUCCUUAGGCCCUUUGAGAACGGCUACCUCUUCGCUGGACAGAAGCAUGGCGGCGGUGAGAGUUCUCACUACAUCCUAGGACACGUCAAAUGCAGUAUCUCCGGCACCAGCCAGACACUCACAGCAGAACCCGCAAAUGUGGCCAUACUGGAACGGCUGGAGAGCUUUCUAAGCAGCUGGGAUUUCACUCUAGACUCUUCAUCGGAAGGAGGCAUAGGGCUGUGGGAGAACAUGCCGAGUGCACAUGAACAUCAUCCUCGAUUCACCAUGACGCUGGACAAGUGCUUUCUGGCUCUCGCCGAGCGAGACAAGAAGCGCAUCCGGCCGGCGCCUCUCACGCAGCUUUUCGUCUACCGUCUGCCAACGGAGCAGGAGCUCCGCGCCACACUCGCACAAACACAAGCCGAUCGGAAGGGGACAUGGACGACACUUGCUGGCUUCCUAGACAAACUUGAGACCGAGAGGCCGCAAGCAGAGCACCAGCCGGUCGUUCCCCCUCCACGCCUCCAAUACACCGUUCCGCGAGUGCCACUCUGCCUCAGUACCAUUCAGGGAGACAUCACGGACAUGACCUUCCACAGCGUGGACGAAUCGACAUGCUCGAUCAGCGCCUCGACGGACGAGACGACUCGGACGUGGCUGCUUCAAGAAAUGUAA